GACUUAUUGCGCGCCGCUUCGCAUUUGGAGACGACUUGUCGUUUACAUCGUCUCUUCUUCACUCUGCUGAAGCUACGUCGUCGUCCCAGCCCUUCGUCUUGCAGCUCUUGCUUGACUCAUUUCUCUAUCUCCGACCCGACCCGACCCAGUCCAAAGCUUCUUCUUCUUCUUCUACUUACCGUGCUUAUCUUUUGAAAGCUUCCCGGCGAGUCCUAUAAUCUGCAAUUCCAAUUCAUUCAUAACGACAAUAAGUUUGAUCCUCUCAGAAAAUUACUGGAUUUUUCCAACAAAAGUGCAGAUUUAGAUUGAUUUCUCUGAAGCAUGAGCGAAAGUGAAAUUCCAUCUCUGGUCUCCUUGUGCAUAGAGGCAGUAAAAAACGAGCUGGUUCGCGGCGAUGAUCUUUUACCGAUUAUCAAGGAGCUUCCAUGGAACUUGGUCGAUAUUCUAGCUUCGAGAUUGCCUCCGUUGGCUUUAGAAAAGUUGCAGACCGCAGUGCCUUUUGACGAUCGAGAUGACCAUGAUUUCGCCGAUGAAGGCCUUAGAAAUGGUAGAAAGCGUGGAAGGAGUUGGAAUUUCAGUACGGCAUGGAAAAAUUUAGUUAAGUCGCGGUGGCCUAAUCUUGGCAAUCAGAUUGAACCAAUUGACUGGCAACAGAUGUAUUGGGGAACGCAUCUUCAAAAGUGCUUAGAUGAAGUGGCAGAGAUAGCUUCGCUUCCCUCAUUUGAUGGGCGCCUUGGUGAAAUCGGGAUUUCAGACUCUAUAUUGAAAUUGAUAGGCUUUGAGGGUUGCACGGAUACGUCAACUUGUGAUUAUUCCAAACUUUAUCACCAUUGCCAACAAUUUGGUUAUUAUGCCAGAUGCCUGAGACUUCAAAAUGUUCUUUGUAGUGCAGAAAUUUCUCAUUUAUUGAGGAACAGCCUAUUGCAGAGCUUGGAACUAAGGUGGAUCAGAUCCAAGGAGCAUAUUGAUGGACUAUGCAAACUUCUGAACCAGAACAGUGAAAGUUUAACAUCACUUGAGUUCAUUCACUGCAAGCUUUCUUCAGAUUCUAUCAAUGCAAUUUGUAGUUCCCUACCCACAAAGAAUGUGCAAACACAUGGGAUAAAAAACUUCUCAAUCAACACAUCAAACUUUCUUGAAACAAACCCUGUUUCCUUACCUCUCGGACUUGUGUCAUUUUUGACAUCAGGAAGGUCCUUAUAUUCUUUAAAACUCUCUGAGAACCACCUUGGCCGCAAUUUUGCAAAAUUGGUUUUUGGUACUCUUCUCAAUGCUUCGUCUAGUCUAUCCAUCCUUGAUCUUUCAGAUAACAAUAUAUCAGGCUGGCUUUCUGAACUCUAUUGGAGAUCACCAAGUGGGCCCCCAACGCCUUUGGGAAUUGGAAAGUCCUUCCAAUCAUUACGAGUGCUCAAUUUAAGGGGAAAUAAUCUAAACAAAGAUGAUGCAGAUGGUCUUAGAUACGCUCUCGUUCAUAUACCUAAUUUGGAGGUCCUAGAUAUGAGUGAUAAUCCUAUUGAGGAUGAUGGAAUCAGGAGUUUAAUUCCAUAUUUUGUCGAAGCUUCCGAAAAAUGCUUUCCCUUUGCUGAUUUAAUGUUAGAGAACUGUGAGCUUUCCUGUCAUGGAGUGACUUACCUCAUAGACACCCUCUCAACCCUAGAGAGACCAUUGAAGUCUCUAUCUGUUGCUGAUAAUGACCUUGGCAGCCAAGUAGCAGCAGCUUUGGGAAAACUUUUGUCCACAUCAAUUCGAAUACUCAAUGUUGAAGGUAUUGGAUUGGGUUCAUCUGGUUUUCAGGAACUACAAGAUGGCAUAACUAAGGAGUUGAAGCUAGUCAAGGUGAACAUAAGCAAAAAUCGUGGAGGAAUUGGAACUGCAAACUUUUUGUCAAAGCUCAUAUCAAUGGCUCCAGAGCUCGUUACAGUCGAUGCUGCAUAUAAUCUUAUGCCUUUAAAAUCCUUGAACACCAUAUGCUCGGCCCUUAAAGCUGCUAAAGGAAAUAUUGAGCGUCUGGACUUAAGGGGAAAUAUUUGGGAUUAUCAACCAGGUUAUGCUUCUAUGCAUGCCGACAUACAAUGUAAUGGAAGGCCCGUUUUGAUUCUUUCGUCGUCACCAACUCCAGAUGCACCCUAUGACGAUGAUCCGUAAACAGGAUGGCUCGCAUAACAUAUAUUUUUCAUUCAACUAGCUUAUGCCAAUCACCCACUGAAGUUGCCAAAGUUUCUCCACUGUGAAACAAAACUAAGCAGGUUGAUGUGAUUGUAUUAGCAUAAACUGCUUAAGUUUGGACCUCCCAUAUAAAAGGUUGAAGGGGUUAUUGCGAUUCAUGUAGCAGUCACAGCCAUGGCUAAAGAAAUAAUCCAUCGCGUAAAGGAGUAAGUUGUUGUUGCCGCCAGUCACUAGCAUUAAGAUGCAAAAGGAAACAUCACAACAGCAAGCAAAUUGUUGCUUCUAGCACUAAAGGGUAUGGUGCAAAAGUAGCAAGUGCGCGUCAGUAACUGUCAGCCGUAUAUUAGUUUGGAUCUCAUUAUGCGACCCAUACUCAUAUACACGGGUCCGUGGGCGGCUGUCCUUAGAAAAACUCAUAUUUUCCUCCAUUGUUGCAGAUCUGCAAGAUUCAACAAUGUUGAUUAUUGCUCAUCCAAUUGAUGAUGAAGAACAUUAUUAAGUAUACUAUUGAAUAUUGACCCCAAGCUGAUCUUACCCAACAACCCUAAUGAGCCAAGCCAACCUGUAAAGGCCAAACUAUUUAUAAACAUAUUGGUAUCAUCCCCACUUUGAUUAUUAAAGUGUUAAACUAUUAAGCAUGUAUGGCUAACCUAACAUGAUGAAGCAAGCAAGGUGAAAGUGGACCAAUUUU